AUGGAAGAUUUGCGAGAAAACCUUGAUGAAGAGUUUUAUGAGAAAAGUGAUUUCUAAAUAGUCAGCAGCAAUCCAGAAGAAGCAGCCACUUAUUUGAUUAACCUGCUGAAAAACAAAGAAACGACCCCAGAUGACCUUUUUAAUCAAUUUUAUCUUGCAUUCACAUUUUCCACACAAGAUAUAACAUCUCAAGCAAUUUCUCUAUUAAAGUCUUUAUACUCAAAAAAUGCCCAGGCAAUAAUAUCAAAAAAACUGAUAAAAGCCUUAAUAGAGGUUUCACACCCACAACCUUGCAAUAAAUCUUCACUUGGGUUAUAUGUGGCUGGUCAAUGGCGAGAAUUUGACCCCGAGUGCUUAUCACUUUUAUUUGAAAUUUCUAGCGUUUCUGUUCAAAAAGAAGAGUAACUCAAAAUUAGACUGAUAAGUUAUGCCAGUCAGCUAUGGAAACAAAAAAAUUUCCAAAAAGCUGUAAAAAUGAGCCGUGAAUUAGGAAUUUCCGUAAAUUCUAUAUAGAGAGAACUUGAUCAAAUAGAAAAAGCAAUCCCUACCUUAGUCCAAAAGAGUGAUAUCGAGCUAAUAAACAUUUUAGUUGGAACUGACCAUGAUUUAGUUAGACAAGCUGUUGAAUUGAUGUGCACAAACAAACAUAUAAAAUAUGCCGGAAAAUUAGUACAAAAAGCAGGCAUGGAUCCGACUGAGUUUCCUGAUAUGAUGAGCAGACUGAAAAAAGUUGCUAUGAGAUAUCACAUUCAGUCAGGAGAAAUUGGUGUUUAUAAUUUGGCUGAUAUAGUUUCCAAUGAUUUAGAAUUAUUAUCAAUUUUAAUUGAAGAUUUAGAAUUCAAAUUUAUGAAAAAAAAUAUCGAGUGGAUGGGCCCACUCGCUGCAGAAUUAUUCCUAUGCUAUCCUGGAGUUGCAAGCCAAAUAAGGCCAGAAACUGUAGAAAGACUGAGGAAAAUUCCUCCCAGAGCAAAAAAUAGCUCAGAUAGGUUUGGACCAUUGCAGCCUGAAUUCAGCAUUUCUAUUAAUUUACCUCAAGAACAAAUAAAAUUCAUUGAAAAUGAAGAUCAAGUCCAAGAAUUAGUAUGGGCCGGAAGAUUUGUAGGCUUGGACUGUGAAUGGAAGCCUUCAAUGGUAAAGUUUUCUGAAAAUAAAGUCGCCUUAUUACAAAUCGCUUUUGAAGAUGUUGUGUAUUUAAUUGAUAUGAUUAAGCUGAAUACAAGUGAAUUGCUGAAUGCUAAGCUGGAGGAAUUAUUUUUAAAUGAAGAAAUUGUGAAAUUAGGGAUCAGCUUUUCAGGGGACAUUAAAAAUGUUCUGAAAAGCUACCCAAAUUUGACAAGUUUUAAAGUAGAAUUUAGACCUUAUGUAGAGCUGCUUGAUCUUUAUAUGAAUAUUUAUGGAGAAAGUGCUGGAGGAUUAGCAGGGCUAUGUGAGCUAGUUUUAGGGAGAAGCUUAUGUAAAGGAGAACAAAUGUCGAAUUGGGAAAGAAGACCUUUGAAAUUAUCACAAAUGCAUUAUGCUGCCUUAGAUGCACAUAUUUUAAUAGAAAUUUAUAAGACUUUAAGCCAUAUUGGAGAAACUGGGAAUAUUGGAAGAGGUGUUAGGGUAGAAAAAUCAUGCGAAAACUGCAACAGCAAGCUACAUAUGAAGAAGCAAUGCACUCGUGGACAGAGAUGCCAAAUCUGUCAAUUAUUCGGACAUAUUGCAAGAGAUUGCGUUUAUUAA